UCGGGAUCGAAAAUUGAUUUUUUAUUUUUUUUUUAUUUUUUUGCUGUACGAUGAAUAAAUUGAUCGUUCGUGUAUAAAUGCAAAAACCGCUCCCCGGUUGUUGAUGCUGGCAGAGAUGCAGAGCUCCAUGUGACCUCAACAGGUAGGCGCAUCGUGACGUAGCCCGCCACCAGUCACCCUUUCCUCCCCCCUCACCCGCCGUCACGCCUGCCUCCCAGCUGCGUCUGCCGCUGUCUUCCCGUCUCGCCGCCCCGGUGUCUGCUCCGCGCUCUGCCCCGCUCCGCUCCCGCCCCGGACCCGAAGCCCGUGCCUCCUCGCUCACCAACCCCGGCUCCCGGACCACCCUCCCCCCCUUCUGCACCCAGUGAAUGCACCGGGACCAUGACGGGCAUCGCCGCCGCCUCUUUCUUCUCGAAUUCCUGCAGGUUCGGGGGCUGCGGUCUCCAGUUCGAGUCUCUCGCCGAGCUCAUCGUUCACAUCGAGGACAAUCACAUCGACACAGAUCCGCGGGUCCUGGAGAAGCAGGAGCAGCAGCAGCCAACUUACCUGGCCCUGAGCUACAUUAACAGGUUCAUGACAGACGCUGCGCGCCGGGAGCAGGAGACCAUGAAGAAGAAGGCCACGCCAAAGCUGUCCCUGUCCAUCACGGGAGGAAUGUCCAGGAACAGCACGGCCACGCCUCCCCGCCACACCAGCGGUAACCUGACGCCUCCCGUCACGCCCCCCAUCACCCCUUCCUCCUCAUUCCGCAGCAGCACACCUACAGGCAGCGAGUAUGACGAGGAGGAAGUAGACUACGAGGAGUCAGACAGCGAUGAGUCGUGGACCACAGAAAGCGCCAUCAGCUCCGAGUCCAUCCUGAGCUCCAUGUGCAUGAACGGGGGCGAGGAGAAGCCGUUCGCCUGCCCCGUCCCCGGCUGCAAGAAGAGAUACAAGAACGUGAACGGCAUCAAAUACCACGCCAAGAACGGCCACCGCACCCAGAUCCGCGUGAGGAAACCCUUCAAGUGUCGCUGUGGCAAAAGCUACAAGACGUCCCAGGGCCUGAGGCACCACACCAUCAACUUCCACCCGCCCGUCUCCACCGAGAUGCUGCGCAAAAUUCAAGGCUAGGCCCUGCGAUCUCCAACUACCCCAAACGUAGCCCUGUCCCGACUGUCCCCACCCCCAACACACUAAAGGAUCAAGUGCAUGCUUUAAGUUGUUCUCAGUUUUUUUUAAUUUCCUCACCAUUUUUGUUACAUAUUUUUUUUAUCACUCGUAUUAUUUGGAAAGAAAAGUAUCUUUGUAGUAUUUUUUAUUAAGGUACAUAUUUGCACAUUCGUAUAUGCUAUCAUUUUACUCUGUUUCCUAUUAUUUGACUUACAUAAGGUGCUAACUGUAAAAAAAAAACAGAAAGAAAAGACAAAAAAACAAAAGGAAGAAGCGUGACAGACAGCUCAGCGGUUCUGACUCGGCCCAUCCUGGGUCUGAGCCUUCACCUCUGGGAGUUUAGGAGAAAAAGUUAAGUUAUACUUUAACAGAUAUAUUGAUAUAUGUAAACUAUAGAAAGAUAUGUAUGUAUAUAAAAAUAUAAAACCUAUUCACAGGCAUAUUCAUGAAAAGUUCCUUUAUUUUCAAGCUUUAUUUGAUAUAUUUUGUCAGUGUUUUUGGACAUUUGUUCCUUUCAAUCGUUAUUUGCUGACUGGCGGCCUUGUCUGUUGCUGGAUUUGAGUUUUUAAAGUUUUCGUUUCACUGUUGAUCAGGAAGGCGGUGUUCACCCCCCUCCGCCCCCGUAGACCCGCCCUUACCUCCAGUGUUUCCUCUUUCAGAGUGCCGGGGGGGCUGCUUACACACUCGGAAGCGGCUUCUCUGCAAAUCCAGUUGCCAAAAUUAUUAUUUUUUUUUUCAUGGUUGUUGCCAACAGCUCUCCACUGCCAAACAUUGACCAUACCAUGUGCCUGAUGGGAGGGGAGGGGGGGAUUUUACCAUGGAGGAGGCGGCAGUUGCCCCUCCAGAAGAGCGAGUGAAUGUUUUCAUGCAUGCUUUCUGAAGUUUUUUGUAUUUGAAGAAGUUCUGUCCAGCAGUAACGGAGUCAUCAUCAGCCGAGGGAGUGCGUCGCUGUUUCUGUGUUUGAAUGUUUCUGCACCAGGCUGCUGGUUCCACUCCUAUGGUGCAGGAUUGUUGUGCGUCGCUGCCUGCAGACGAAAAGUUUGUCAUAUAUUUCUGAAGCAGUUUUUGUUUUAUUUUAUGCUCAAACAGACCCAUGACCCGAUCGUAUAGAGAUUAUAUAUUUGGCGUCACGCGGCGGUGUUUUCGGCACUUUCAGGACGCCGAAACAAGCAAAAAACGUUCCCAAGUUUCACCUGCAGUAUUAACACAAACAGGAAGAAGAGAAGAUCUUCACAUGAAGAGAUGAGGGACUUCAAUAUACCAUGUACAGUGAAUGUAUUGUUCUGUGUGUCUGUUGUCAAGUGCUUUUAAAUUAUAUUUUCAUAUGUGACGUGGAGACCAAUGUUUUCUUUUUGUAUGGGGGUUCAACAGGUUCUGACCAGUGAUUUGUAAAUGAUGUCAAACUGUUUUUCUUUAUAAAAAAGGUGAGCUGCUUUCAUGUAAACAGGAAAUGUCUGAAAAAACUUGCAAAAAUAAAGUGAUAAGCUGUGUAGCUCAAAAAAGGAGAA